AUGGCUUCAGAAUUCCAUGAUCAGCUUCACUUUGUUUUGAUACCCCUAAUGUCUCCUGGCCACCUUAUACCAAUGGCAGACAUGGCUAAGCUAUUGGCACAUCAUGGUCUGGAGGUCACAAUUAUCACCACUCCCCUCAAUGCCAUUGGAAUCAAACCAAUCAUUGAUCGUGUUGUUGAUUCAGGUCUCUCCCUAAAUCUAGUCCAGUUCAGUUUGCCACUUUCUGAGUGUGGCUUGCCAGAGGGAUGUGAAACAUUGGAAUCUGUCCCUGCAAGAAACUUGUUUCGAAAUUUCUUUGAUGCAGUUAGCAGGAUGCAGCAACCAGUGGAACAAUUGCUUGAGACAGUAAAACCGAUUCCGAGCUGCAUUGUCUCAGACAAACAUCUGCCAUGGACAGGGACAUCCAAGAUCGUUGAGAGUGUUUCCGGAUCAGAAUCAUUCCUGGUGCCUGGUUUACCUGAUGAGAUUGAGCUUAUUUUAGCCCAACUACCGGCGCAUUUGAAUCCUUCUAAUGUGGACUUCAGAGAUUUCCACAGAGAAGUAGAGGAAGCUACAAAAGGAUCAUCUGGGGUAAUUGUAAAUAGCUUUGAGGAAUUGGAGACAGAGUAUGUCAAAGAGUAUAGAAAGGUUAGUAAUGUGUGGAGUAUUGGUCCAGUGUCACUUUCCAACAACACAGACUUUGACAAAGCUCAAAGAGGCCACAAGGCCUCCAUUGAUCAGAACCAGUGCUUGAGAUGGCUUAACUCAUGGCCUGAGAACUCAGUUGUUUAUGUAUGUCUUGGAAGCCUCGGCCGUAUUGCAACUCCUCAGUUGCUAGAGCUUGGAUUAGGCCUGGAAGCAUCAAACCGGCCUUUCGUUUGGGUGAUCAGUGGAGACAAAUCAGAAGAAUGGGGGAAUUGGUUGUUGGAAGGGGGAUUUGAGGACAGGAUUAAAGGUAGAGGCCUUUUAAUCCAUGGUUGGGCACCACAAAUAUUGAUAUUGUCACAUCCUGCAGUUGGUGGAUUUUUAACACAUUGCGGUUGGAAUUCGACAUUGGAAGCGAUAUGUGCUGGUAUCCCAAUGAUAACGUGGCCUAUGUUUGCUGAGCAGUUCUAUAAUGAGAAGUUCAUAGUGCAAGUGUUGAAGAUUGGUGUGACAGUUGGGGCCUCAGGGGUCAUUCCUUUGGGGAAACAAGAAGGGUCUGUUGUUUCGGUGAAGAGUGGCCAGUUUAAGGAGGCCAUAGAGAAAGUGAUGAGCAAGGAAGGGAAUAAAGAAGGAGAAGAUAGAAGAGAAAGAGCAAGAAAGCUUGCAAUGAUGGCCAACAAAUCUACAUUCGAGGGAGGCUCUUCUUACCAUAAUAUUAGACUAUUAACAGAAGAUAUCAGAUCAUACAGAAACAAAUUAGCAUUCCAGAAUUGAGCUAAGUGAUUGUAAUUCAUUUCAAC